AUGCCGGGGCUUCAGGGUGCGCUGCAGGUCGUGACACAUAGCCUUCCCUUGCCCAUCCAGCAGCUCGGCACCGCCAUCCUGGGCGAGACAUGCUACACGACCCUGAUCCACGAUGUGUCGCCGACAUCGGCCUGUCUGCGCCUCUUUCUCUCCAAGGGCCUGGGCCUGGGCAUCAUUCUCUUUGGCUCGAUUCUCAAGCUCCCGCAGAUUGUCAAGAUCGUCCGGGCCUCGUCUGGCCGCGGCAUCAGCCUGGCCAUGUAUAGCCUCGAGGUAGUUGCCUACACAAUUUCGCUCGCCUACGCUUACCGCCGGCGGCUGCCAUUCAGCACGUAUGGCGAGAAUGCCAGCCUGACGGUGCAAAACAUGGCCAUCACGCUCCUGCUUCUCUACUAUGCGCCGGCGCCCAACCACCUCGUCCGCUUCCUUCCCUUGGGCCCGUCGGUGCAGCACCGGAUCCGACUGCGCUUCUCGGCCGCUGCCACUGCCGACGAUGCGCGCCGCCUCGACGUGGCGCUCGCCGGCACGCUCAUGGUCCUCUGCUCCUUUAUCCUCUUCCACCCUACGCUCCUCGCCAUGCCCCUCCUCUCGCUGCUCCAGGCCACGACGAUUCCCGUGAGCCUGCUGAGCAAAGUGCCGCAGAUGCAGACGCUCCACGCCUCGCGCGACCCGGGCCAGCUCUCGUCGAUUGUCGUCUUUGCCCAGCUGGCGGGAACGCUCGCGCGCGUCUACACGACGCGCACAGAGACCGACGACGCCCUGCUGCUGUGGGGAUUUGGCCUCGCGAGCAUCUUCAACGCCGUCAUUGCCGCCCAGUACAUCUACUACUCCAAUGGUGGCGGUCGGCGCCCCUCGACGGCUGCCUCGAGGUCGUCCAUCCUGCCGUCGCUGUACAGCGCCAGAAAGGAAAAGGCCGACGACGACGACAGUGACGCCUAUGACGAAGCUGGUAGCGUCCUGAGAGAAAAGGAAAUGUUCAACGGCAGUGCCGCGGCGGCGGCGACGACAAUCGAGAUUGCCAUUGACCGAGGGCCCUCCUCGCCGGCGCCGCCGAUGCCGACACCGACACCACACGCGGCGUGGAGGGACGCGCCACGGCGAGACGAUCACAAGAAGAGCAGAUUGGAUUGA